AUGUUAUAUGACUCUGCCAAAGUGGAGACGACAAACCCACCCGCGGAACGAAUUAAAAUGUUGGACCAUCGAUUAAUAGACGAGUUAUUGCGGAUAUUUGAGAGUAGUCUCGAAAAAAGUACAUUCGCUAUUGUUCCGGCCAACAACAUUAAAAAGUGGAUCAAGCAAAUGAAUUAUAAAGAGGAAGAAGCCGCAUAUAAUCGGUUUCUGGAAUCACUUAACAAGGGUAAUCGCAAAGCCACAUACUGGCUCGGGCUCUGUUACGAAAAUGGAUUUGGGGAAGUGGCUGCGAAUUCAAGAACGGCAUUAAUGCAUUACAUCCAGGCGGCCAAGUCUGGCUAUCCCGUAGCGCAAUGCGAAUCUACGAAGAGGGCAUCGUGGUAG